AUGGGGCCAAUUGAACGCGGAAGAAAGCCUGUAACAGGGCCUUCAUGGCUAGAGUUGCUGGGGGCACAAGAUUAUUUUGGUCCUGUUGAGCAACGCACUGGAGAUGAAAACGAUGCCUGGAAAGCUGUUCUUAUUGCUCAUGAUCUGCCGCUACUUGGACAUCUCCAAUCAGUGCAAGUCGCUUUCUACCAAACCAUCAAUCAGCCUUGGCAUCGUAGAAAAAUUAUGGAUGCUGCUUUUCUUCAGCACGCUGAGGAGAACUAUUUGACUAGGAAAUCUUCCAUUUCACAUGUUCAUCAAAUUCGUCUGUCCCCAUCUUCUGAUACAGCCUUUACCUCAUGGUGGUCAGGCUACUGGGCUAAAGUUGUUCCGAAUCUCUCAAAGGUUCAGGGCAAACUUGUUUUCAGAUUUCGAGUGCUCCCAAACAGACCUAUAAGAGACGAGCUGGGAAGGAGAAGCGUUUCUGUUGACGUGGAAGGAUAUGCAUCAGAAGAAGAGGAGGAGGAAGAGGAAGAAGCAGAGGAAGGCAGUGAAAGAGAAGCAGAAGAAGAGGAAGAAGAGGAGGAGGAGGAAAAGGAGGAGGAACAAAAAAUAGAUGCCGUUAAAGAAAGGGGCACCACAAGAGCAGUCCCUACAGAUGUUGAACAGUGCAGAAAGACACUGAAAAGAUAUUCGGAUAUACAAAAUCCUGACUUCACAGCAAUGUUAAACCAGGAGAAAUUAAAUUUACAAGAUGAAGAAUCGAAUCUUUCAGAGUUCAGUUGCGAAGAAAGAAGUCUCAAAACGGAGAUUGAAACACUAACUGCAAAGCAAGAAUCGGCUGUUUUUAAGAUUACUUCGAAUGAAAAGAAUGCUGACAAGACAAAGCAGAAAAUGGAAGGGAUGAAGAACACAGAUGGAAAAGUCAAGAAGGAUGAGCACAUUUGUUUCCAAUGGCAGAAAGAGAUGCGUGUCAAGUGA